UGUAGACAAACGUAUUUAUUCACAGAAGAAACACAAUAAUGACGAGUGAACAUGUACAUGAGGAUUUAACCCCUUCAUCACUGUGAACGGGUGAAUCCAUCUUCAUCGUCCUCCACAGUCUGAGUUUAAGACCGCCACGACUUCAGCACACGGAGCACGCUCAGUGCAGACUCCACACAGCCGUCAAAGUUGGUGUGGCUGAAGGCGUCGCCCGCGCAGACUAGCAGCGGGCGAUCAUGGAUGGUCAUCUGACCCGGACAGUCCGGCACCGAGGUUAGCACCUGCAGAGAGAUGGGAGGGGUCAAAAAGAGGAGGAGUUCAGGGUCACACUCUCCGUGGGAUUUUUCAGCGCUCUGAACGGCGACGGCUCACCUGAGAGUACCUCCACUUCUGACACUUGAUGAUGGCGGGCUGAGGAAGAUCAGGAAGCAGCUUCUGGAGCUCCUGUAAGAUGAUUGGCUGGACGUCCUCCUUGUCUUCCUCCAGGUGCUCUAAACCGAACGGGACCGUGGUGUGGACGACGAGAGACGGACCGUGACCGGGAUCAUCUGAGCGGGCGCAAACGUCAAAGUUCGACAGUCAGUUUAGAGAAAAAUCAGGAGGAGAGCAGAUCACAGGUGGGCGGAGCCUCUCACCUGCGUUACGUUUACGGGAGUCUGCGGAAAUAUAACAGAUGACGGGGUUUCCGGUGACGUAGUGAGCGGCCCACGGGAAACUGAAGACGACGCCCGGAGGGAAGAAGAGCGCCAUGGCGAAACGAGACGAGUACACGACACCGUCCAACUGCUGUCUCUGCUGGACGGACAGGACUUAGAGAGAGACAGAGAGAAAGACACGGUAAAGACAGAGACACAAGAAAGACACGAGAAAGACACUAGAGACACGGUAGAGACAUGAUAGGGACAUGGUAGGGACACAAUGAGACACGAUAAAGACACAUCAGAGACACGGUGGAGACAUGAUGGUGUCUCUUCCUGUUCUCAAAAGUAUACCAGUACACAUAGAUAUACCAGUAUGCAGUAGUAUUCCAGUUUACUACUGUGCACUAGUACUGGGCAGGAGAACAGUUUUCAGAAGUAUACAAGGAUACUGUUGGAUAGUAGUGUGCAGUAGUAUUCCAGUACACUGUAGUAAACAAGAGUACAGUAGUUUACCAGUACUCAGUGGUAUAUCAGUAUAAAACAGUAAACUAGUACACUGUAGUGGAAUACCAGAUAACUUUGGUACACCAGUUUGCAGUAGUGUACCUGACUACAGUUAUACAGUAGUAUACAGUAGUACACAGUAUUGUACUGUAGUAGAUGUAGUACAGCAGCAGCUGAAGGUGUAGUUUUAGAGACGUGGAGCUGCAGUAAACCUGCAGGAGAGCUGAGUCAGCCGUGAAACAGACGGGAAGCAGCCGGUAAACCAGUGAAGCUUUACUGGUUUACUGGUUUACUGGUUUACCACGAGUUAACCAGUAAAGACGAUAAAACCUGAUUUCUCGUGGUUAACCCUGAGGAGUGGACCGUGUUGAACUGAUCCCUCUGUAUGACUGUGCAGAUUUACAUACAUGUAUGUAUGUUACACAUGUGAAGUGGGCGGGGCUUCAUAUCUCAAAGUGUUUAAAUAUAAUCCUCAAAUCUGAUUGGACGAGAGAUUGACCAUAUUUUCAAUUCAGACGUCGUCUCUGAAACAUUUUCAUGAUUCACAUCCUGAUGGAGGAACAGGCUGCAGCCUCCUACUGCAGACACACACACACACACACACACACACACACACACGGUGUCUAAUAAUAACCUCAGUGUGAGUGUGCAUUUCUCUGUGUGUGUGUGUGUGUUACUGCAUGUCGGCAUGGAGGAAAUGGGCGCUGUCCUCUGUCAGCCAAUCAGAGGAGCUGAAGAUGACAUCAUCAUCAUCUUGAGAGACACACAUACGCAGGGGGCCGUUGUCUGCAGCCUGACCACACACACACACACACACACACACACACAGAAUCUGGAGAGUUCUGCAGCUUUUAUGAGUGUGAACCACCGACCAAUCAGAGGUGAGGAACAGAUUUACCAUCUGAGGAGUGUAUUGAUCCUGUGUGUGUGUGUGUGUGUGUGGUGAACAGGUCUAAACUGCAGGAGGAGGAAGCAGUCAUUGCGUUGCCCCGCCAAAGUAAAAGCCCUGAGAAACACGCAGAGAGCGCCCUCUACAGGCGAGUAAACUCCUCAAAUAUCAGAAUAGAAACUUCAGAGUGUGUUCGUGUUUUCAGAGUCAUUCACUCUUUCAUAUUCAUCAUGAUAUCAUAUUUAUUGUAAUGACUCAGGGACAGGGCUGAACCUCACAGCUGCUGCUGCCCCCCUGUGGACAAACUGUGUCAUCACACAGAGAACAGCGUGUACUUCAGUCCUGUUUCCACUUUAAAACGAGGAGAAAUUCACUCAAAUCAUUUGUUAAAGUCGAUCAAAUGUUUAAAAUCUCUUCAUCUGAAGUUUUUUUACCUGCUGGAGAAAGUUUCAGAUUUUAUUUCCUCGUUUUUUUUUUUAAUCUGCAGUGAUUUUCUGUUUCUGUUCUCCAUCGUUUCAGAGGUCAGAACUAAAGACACUAACCGAGAACCCAAGAGACGAUUCUCAGCGAACAUCAGCGAAUCAGAUUACAGCUGAAUUACUACGGAGCGAGGACUCUGGAUCAACGCUGACACUGAAAAACCUCUGCUGGUUAAAAAAGGGAGAAGAACAACCGACAGGUGAGAAGAGGAAAACUGAGCUGCUCUGUAGAGACGACGACAGCACAGAGUCACGCUGGGUGAUACGGGAAAAAGUUUAUCACCUUAUAUUUUCUUCAUAUCAGUCCAUCUCUGAUCUGUGGUCCUGACUUGUCCCCCAUUUAAAUAAUUUGAGCCAUCAGGACCCCCAAAACAGGACCAAGGAGACCCUGAACUGUGGAGCUGCUGAGAUCCUCUAUGAAACCCAGAACCUGGUCUGCUGGGUCCACUAAGGUCUACAGAGGGUUGGUUUAAGACGUCCCUCUGUCUCUGUGUCUGUCUGUCCGUCUUACUCUGUCCCAUGUCUCCCUGCAGCUGCAGAAUCUGAGGGACGGGCAUCGUCAGGACGACGGCGUCAAACGUCUCGCUGUCUCCCGCCUUCCUUUGGACCUCCCAUGAUGCACCGCGUAGAAACAGGCCGGUCACAUGAUGCUCAAAGAACACAUCAGCCCCUGAAACACAGACGGGUCUGUGAUUCGCCGCCACCGCACCGUUACAAAAAGAGCGUUUGAUGUUUUCACACAGGUGGGCGUGUACCUGACUCCGACAGGAAGUGUUUGACCAAACUGCCCAUGCCCAGUGGCGUCAUGUAGUCCUUGUUUCCUUCUUUGUGUCUCAGUCCUUCAAUCAGAGAGUCCAGAGGCUGCAGGACGCCAGAGGACAGCAGCUCAGAGUAGAAGCUCCCACACACACACGCACGCACACACACACACACACACACACACAUAGUUAUUAAAGAAGUUUAUUAAUAAUUUUAGUGAACUGUUCCUUUAAUGUGUUAUGACUCUGUAAACAGGUGAGACAGGUGUGUGCGGUACCUGUGGUGAGACUGAGCGUACGCCGCCGUGGCGGUGACGUACUGAGCACCGAGGUCAGCCGAGCUACAGGACGAGUCAGGGGGGCGAGUGGUGGUCAUCCUGCCUCCUGAGAGAGAGAGAGAGAGAGAGAGAGAGAGAGAGAGAGAGACAGAACAAAGGCACAGAGGGAGAGAAGAGAGAGAUCUUCAGCCGAGUUCUUUAACCAGAGUCUGAGUGGCUGUUGAAGCAGAAUUCUUAAAUUCAUCAUUUUCUGAAUGAGGUUUGGUGUAAACACUCUGCUGACUCCUCACUUAGAGGGACAUUCUGGCGUAAAAUUAAUUUGGGGUCCAUUAUGGACUACAGCGGGGUGACUCAGCUCAAGGAAGAACAUUUAUGAUCAUUUCUUUAUCAUUUCCUUGAAGUAAUAAUCACCAUAUUGAUCAUUUUACAGACGCGGUAGUUCUUCUGUCUUAGCGUCUCGGUCUGAUUGUAUUUCCAUGAAGAAAUCAUCAUAAAUGUUCUUCCUUGAGCUGCGUCACCCCGCUGUAGUCUGUAAUGGACUGGCCUGAGGUCUCACUACAAACAAGUGUCUGCUGGAAGAGAGUAGGUGAGUUGUGUUUAGUCUCUUUGCUGAAGAAAUCAGUCAAAGUUAAAAAGAUGUUUGGUGUCUAGUACUAUGUCUGUGACCCUAUAUGUCCUGUUGAUGAAGUUAGGUGCUGUUCUGAGCAUUAUUUGUGGCUAUAGAGUGGUGUUUUGGUUGGGGUUUGUUUAUGGCUCCUCAGACCGCUGUGUAUUGCUAUCCUGCGGUCGUUACUAAAGUUGGUAUAACUAGAGAAGUAAGCGGUCGCCCUUUAAAUUGAUCAUUUUCUGAAGGAGGUUUGGUGUAAACACUGCUGACUCCUCACUUCAUCUCUCUGAAGAAAAAAAAGAGGUUAUGGAUUAUUUUAAAGACGAUAUUAAAAGAGGGAAAUGUAAAUCUACUAAAUCAUGUUCUGGAGUGUUUUCCUGUGAGGCUGAGGCUCAGACACCGAAAAUCUGCUGAUUUCUAUAUUAAGUUCUGACUCUCACCUGAUCUAAACUACGUCCUCAGAAGACUGAGGACAGUUAUAGUGGACCUGUUAAGUUUCUGUUUAUUUGGUUUAAAUGUAGAAAACUUCAGGACGAAUUCAGCAGAAACUUCUCCUGAUACCGAAACUCCCCGAAAUUGUGAUCUGCGAUGAGACUCGGAACCGUGAGAGCUCAGGAAGAUUUAAUCAGCAGUUUUCUGAAUGAGGUUCUGUCGGACUCACCCGCUCCCCUCGCUUUGUCCCAAACUACAAUCUGGACUUUAUUCUGCAGCUCUCUCCUCAGCAGACAUGCGCACAGGCUGCCUGUUAGACCAGCUCCCACGAUCAGAACCCGGGACAUGUUCGGUUCCGAGUGACGGCCGAACUAACGAGUUAAAGUGGACAGAAACCGGGUCUAACGUUCCUGGUUUGACAUUUCUUUGAUUCCGGACCAGCAGAAGUUAAACACGCCUCUAAUGUUACAAAAUAGAGAGAUAACGGAGGGCCAAUCAAAACUAUCCCGGAGUCACAGUGAGCGGAAUAAGGACGGAACAUCCGGCCAAGAUUUUCAGAAUAAAAGUCAGAUCGUGUCAAACUAAGCAGAAAAAAAAACAGAUUUUACGACAUAAAUAUUUAUUUUAAAAAGGAAAUAUUUAAAAUGAAAUAAACACGAUUUUCCUUUGAUUUCACCUGACUGUAUAAAUUAAUUAUCAGCUGUUUUCUCGACAUCUUUCCUUUAAAAUCAGUUUCCUCCGAAUUUUUUAACACUCGUGACCUGACUGUAGUUUUAUUUUCUACAUCAGCAGAAAAAAAAACACCAAAAAUUGUUUUCAUUUAAUUAUUUAUUAUUAAUAAUUAUUUUUAUAGAUCUCUUAAGGAGCUGAUUAGUUUGUUCAGACUUUUACUGUCAUGGUUUUUGUUUUGUUUUUUGUUUAAACUGUUUUUUUUGUUGUUGUUGUUGUUGUGGUUGUUUCUCUCUGCCUCUUCCUGUUUUUAUUUAUAGAGAAAAAUCGGUUAUGAAAAGUUAAUUUAUUGGACUUUGACCGACCAACCACAGAGAGGACCUCCCUCCACGUCACUUCCGCCCUUCCUUCGGUGGAUAAAAAGUCAGCUGAUCAGAGCGGAGCCCCCCCACAUCCACAGAUCUGCAGGUAAGAAACAUUUAGACUUUAUUAACCGGUUAUUACCGGAUUAUUGAACCGGCGCAGUUUUUAAACUUUGAAUCAGAAUCUUUUAAACUUUAAUUCUUUAAACUCCGACCGGAAAAAAAACGAAAACAUUCACGAGUCCGGAGGAAAACUCAGAACUUUAGAGCUGAACAAACAGAGUCUUUAAUGCUGAGAAACGGGCAGAAAAACAGGCGGAAAGGAGAGUUUGACUCCUGAGAACAGAGACAGGUAAGAGGAGGAUCAGGAGGAGAAGAAGGUUCGAGACCCUCAGACUGAACAUCCUGUCCUCUGAAGAAAAACAAAGAAGAAAAUCAAGUUUUAAUCUGAAGGAAAUCAAAUCAAAUCAAACAUCUGAGAGUGAAGAACAGGCAGGAAUCAGCAGGUUAGAAACAGGCAGUAAAGAGAGAAAAACAUGAAGUUUAAUAAACAAACAGAAAAAUCUGAAGAGGAGGAGAUGAUGAUGAUGAUGAUGGUAACUCUGUAAAGUGUCUGCUGGACUGUUUUAAAGACAGUCAUUCUGGACGGUCUCGAGUUUUUAAAUCAAAAUAAAACUGAAUUAAUCUUCAUCUUAGUCUCCAGAGGAGACCCUCUCAGAGAUCCAGACCCUCUCAGAGAUCCGGACCCUCUCAGAGAUCCGGACCCUCUCUUACUUUAUUAUUUUAAACCCACAGUUUUAGAUCUUUGAGUAAAAGUCGACAAUCACUUUAAACUGUGUUAUUUAGUCCAGUUUUUAUCAUCUGAGGAUUUUCUCUCAGAUUAAAUCAUUUUUACUGAUUUUAAAAAAGUCCUUCCUGUUUUUUUUUCACUCUUCGUUGGUCGAUUUUAUUUUGCAGCACAGAUUGAAUAUUUUUAAAAGGUCAUAAAUGAAGUGGAUUAAACUGAACGUAAUGAUGACGAGUUUAGAGACGCUUUAAAAUCCAGGCGGUAAAAUCAGUCAGUAAACAGAGAACAGACGAGUCUUUGAGACGAUCUCAGAGUUUGAAGGUCAGUCAGAAAAUCUGAUUUUGUCCACAGAGACGUCAGAGAACGUCUCAUCGUCUCAGAGGACACAGAGUCUCUCAGAGUCCUCAUGACGUCCUCAGAGUGAAUUCAUCCGUUCAUCUCAAAGACGGACCGGAUCAGAAUCAGGACCGGAUCAGAAUCAGGACCGUUUAGAUGUCAGCGGAUGUUUGAGGACAGGAACCUCUCCGAGUCUGACCUCAGACCGGGUCUCGGUGUUUGUCCCAGACUCUGAUAAACCGGGUUCAGUCUGUAGACCCUGAUCCGGGUCAGAACAGCUGAUAGAGGGCGAUGACCUGAAGUAACCUCUGUCACUGUCUGAACACUGAGGUCCAACAUCUCUGGACUCUGGACUCAUCACAGACUAAACCAGGUCCAGGUCCACUUCAGGGGGUCUCUGCUGAACCCAGCGCUGACUCAGCACCUCGGAGUCGGUGACAGAAACCCGCUGAGUCAGCACGCCGCCCUCAAAGUUAUAAAACCCGAGAAGAAAGAAGAACUUUGUUCUGUUAGUCUGGACCGGAUCAGCUGAGUCCUGCAGGGCUCCUCUCCUGAUCCGGAUCAGUCUCAGUUUGGUUCCUGGUCCUAAGAGGAUCAGCUGAGUUUUUCACGGUCUUAGUUCUGGCUUCAGGGGGACUGGAGGGAGUGGUUCUGAUCCGCUGUUUCAGUCGUCACCAUGGAGACCAGACUGUGUACAACAGGAUUAAAGUUCAGAUCCGUUUUUAAAGGAUCAGAACCAGAACAUCGGACUCAACCUG